UUCGAUUUCGUGGCUAAUUUUGAUAAGACAUUUUCACAAGUAAUAUCAAAAGGAAUUAUCAAAUAUACGAAAUCUUUCUAACAUAAAAAACUGCCAUAAAUUAAAAUCCACAUUUAAUUUAAUUCAUUUUUGUGAUCAGUGUGAUGUUCAAUUCUCGGAGAUACUCUAGUGGAUGAAUAAGGAGUGUUAUGCCUACCUAUAACUGUUCAGAUCCAAAUAGUAUUCCAAACGGCUAUUAUUUUGGUGAUAAAACAUACUAUCAACAUGACGACAAGGUCUACUUCAUCUGCCAUUCCUCUUAUAGCCUGGAAGGAAAUCCAACACUUACUUGUGAUGGAGGAACAGGAAACUGGUCAGGAACGUAUCCAACUUGUUCUUCUACUACAACGACUUCAGCAACCACAACACUCGCUUAUGAAGAAUGGUUAUAUGUUGGAGUCGGAGUGAUGUCGUUCCUGGGAUUCCUGUUAAUUCUCAUCGUCCUUUUACUAUGCUUGAAGUUAUGUUAUCGGCUUUGCAGGAAACGUUCAAGAGUAAGUGCACUUCAUGGAAUCGAUGAGGAGGUGGACGUGGGAUGCUGCUAUGCUUGCUGCACCAGAUGUUGUCUAAAAUGCUGUAAAUGUUGUCGAGACGACACUGACGUCAUUCAAAGAAAACCAUCGAAACCGAAAACGAGGCAACCAAAGCAAAGUAGUAAUCAAACCUACGAUUUAUCACCAACUUCUACUGCUGCUUCCGAGGAAAGAUCAACUUCGACUCAAGUAAUGCAGAAAAGGGAGAUUAAACCCGCAAAAGAGAUUAUAGCCUGGAAACCACACUCAAAUCCACUUCGGAAUAUUAACACCAGUACUAAGUAAGGACAAUAAAAAGUGCCGUACUGUCUGUUAAUAUACUAACAUUAACAUUUUAACUAUUUUAUACUCUUUGUUUUUAAAUACUUGUCAAAUUGUUCUCUUAAAAUACUAUAUGUUAGAUGUACAUAUGGUGUAUAAACUUUUCAUGAACAGCAUAUUUCUAUCCACCCCUUAUGUACAACUGAAAACAGGUUCCAUUGUGAAAAAAGAGGUUUAGAUUAUGCUUCAUUUCAAAGCAAAGUCUUCUUUGUCAUAACGGGAACUAAUGGAUUUAUUUCACUAUCAAUAUGAAGAAAAUAUAUUACAUAAAUGAUGUUCAGAAUUAUUGUAAGGUGUGUAAAGUGUUUGAUGAAAACGUGUACAAAAUGGCCUCUACUUAUCUGCUUGAUUUGACACUUCUUAAGAUGAAUAUGCAUAAAAAUAAGUUAAUAUUUACAUGGAAUUAAAACCAUUGCUAAAAGUAAUUGCUACUUCGAAACGAUUCGUGAAAUAAUGUGUUAAAAUCAAGCAUUUAUGUUUACACAGACUACAAAACAACCUCUUAUUUGAAAAAUCAAGUGCAUUAAAUCGAAUAAAGUUUUAACAAGAUGUGUAUUUUGCAUUUAAAAGUUUCCGAUAAGUAACGAGUUUUGAAACAAAUUUAUGUACAUGUUGCACUUCGUUAUUCCGAUUUGUUAUAAUUUUAUCUCUUAACUGUAUGUUUAACCCAUAGAAUAAAGAAAAGGGAUCAUGAAAUUUUUUGCAUGACAAUUUAAAAGUUAACCAGUUGACGUCAUUUCCUAAUACCUAGUG